CUGAGGGUUUAUGGAGGGAAACCAGUAGAGAGUGAGAGAGUGAGGGAUACAAUAAUGGCGGAACUCUCAAGUAUCAUUCACGAACUUCGAGAAAGAAUUUCUGCUUCAUCGUCUUCACCAGCAAAUAACGGAGAUGAUGAUCACUUAGUGAAUAGAUUUCGGACUGUUCUUCCUAAUCUUCUUCAAUCUUAUGUUCUUCCUUCAUCCACGGCUAAUGAGAGAGAAGUGACUGCGGUUCUAAAGCUAUUAUCACAUAUAGCAAGGAAUUUUCCGGGAGUUUACUUCCAUGGGAAAGCAAGUGCUGUUUUUCCAGUCAUUGCUCGAGUUUUACCCUUCUUUGCUGAACCUGCAUUUAGAUCUCGCCAUGGAGUAAUUUUCGAGACAGUUGGAUCUCUUCUAUCCUUGCUCCGUUCAGGAGAACGAGGAGCAUAUCGUCAGUUUUUCUUGGAUGCCAUGUUGUUAAUUGAAGAUCUCCUAUAUGUAGCAUCAUUGUUCGCAGAUAGCUCCACUAUCUCAGUGUCUCCUGUAGUAUCCUUGAAGUGCUUUCACAAGUCGUUUGUUGGAAUAUCCAGUAGUCCAGCCCCUCUCUGUGAUCUUCCAGCCUGUUUCAGACCCACAGAUGGCCUUGGUAUCUUGAUUGACCUCUCCGAUAAUCAGAGGUGGCAGCCGUUUGCCACUUGGACCCUUAAGAUUAUCAGUAAAUGCCUAACUGAAGGAACUCUGUACGUGGAAGGACUUAUCAAUGCAUCAUUUGUAUACGCUGCAUGUUCUCUUUUGUGCUAUGGGGAUGCUGCUUUGCAUAUGGCAUGUUUCGACUUUGCACGUGUCCUGACAACUGUAGUUGAUGCUGAAAUUGUUCCGAUGGAAAAUCUUAUUCGCACGAUCUUGACCAUAUUAGGGCACAAUGAGAAGGAACAUCCAACAUUCAGAAGUACCGUUUACGACUCUUGCAUGGGUGCUUGCCUUCAUGUAUUGUAUUCGAGUUGUCCAGAUGACGUGGUUGAGCUUACAGCUGAAGAUUUAGUCAAUGUAUUUCCAGAAUCAUUAAAAAACACAGAUAGCCUCGACCUUAUGGUUGCUAUGUGCAGUGCGUAUGUUCGAAUAUGUAAGACUUGCCCUGUGCAUAUCUGGAAGCCGGAAUCUCUUGUUGAUAUGUUGUACUCUCCAAAACCUUGCUUGCCGGUGAUGGAUUGCAUUCGCGUCGCCAUAGGUGUACUUGGUCCUGAUAUUGUUGGCGGCGUAAAUGUGGAGAAUAGAGAUACUGGUGUCUCAACUGGAAGUGACAAAAGAAAUCAGAGCUCAAAAGUUGGAGACAAGAGACCGGUUCAGAACUUAGUUAUUCUACAGAAUAAGCGUCAAAAAGUAGAGGAAGAAAUGUUGCUAUCUAACAUUACUCGUGUGGGGUUUGAUUUUAAAAGUAAGCAUGAGCAGGACAAUGAACAUGCGGGUUCUAUGCAAGAAUCACUUGUUUCAUUUAUUGGUUUCCUAAAACCAAGUGGAAUUAACGAAACCACGUUAACACCCGAAAUUGCAGUGACUGCUCUUAGCAUGCUGUCCAUUAUCUUUUGUAAUUACCCAAAAACAUGUCUGGCGCUUACCAUUUUUCGGCAAGUGUGUGAGUGGAUGCCUUGGAUAUCUGAGCAGGCAAAGCAAAGCAGUUCAAUCACAUUUGAUUUGGCCAUCUAUCUGGAAGCAGUUCAUAGCAUAAUGCUUUUGCAAAGUUCCCUUCCCCAGGAGAAUUUCCUUUUCAAAACUAUGGAUGUUAAUGCAAAUCUUAGAGUGGUGUUAAUGCUUCCAUGGACACAAUUACUUGCAACAACUGAAGCUGAUUCUAUGCGGAAUACAAAAUGUUUAUCUGUUCAAGUUCUCUCCAAGACUGGUUCUGCAUUAAAACCUGAAAGUGUGCUUGAAAUCCUGGAUUUAGCUCUUUGUGAUGAAGCCUGGGAGGUUAGAGCUGAAGCUGUUAUUUCUAUACCAAUGAUUGUCAUGUGCUCUGGUCUUGGCGUGCUACCGCAUAUGCUUAGAAAACUGGAGAUCUUGGUGAAAGAGAAGUGCAGCAAUGUUAACAGAAUUGUUCCGUUUACUCUUGGUUACUUGGCAUGCCUAUAUGGGUCUACCUAUGCCAAUAAUGCCUCGCCGUGUAAGCUUUUCUUAAUUGACGAUAGCAACAAAAAGAGUCAAACUACUGUUGAUCUUCUCAGUCGUGGAUUCUGGUGUCCCAAGUGUGACAAACGAGAUAUGCGUCAGUAUGAGCAAUAUCCUAAGGUUAUGCUCCUGUCCGACGGGCGAAACAUGGAAUACUGCUCUGACCAUCACUUCAAUAAUUUAGUGUCUCUCUUUUUUGAACUUCUUUAUGAUGAUUCAUCUGAAGAGGCUCAAGCUGCAUGUGUGGGAAUCAUUCCACGGAUCCUCGUGCACGGGUCUCAAGAGAUCCUGCUUGAGACAAAGUCCCAGUGGAUCAAGUGUCUUGAGUUUGUACUCCAUAAUGAGAAGAAAAUUGUGAGGGAAGCAUUCAGAGGUCAGAUUAGUUGCUUCCUUGAAAUUCCCAUUUUGACAUGUUUGUUUGGGGAUGUGGAGACAUCUAACAAAACGAAAGAGCAGAGGUUUUUGGACAAACUUAAACAUGCUUUGGCAGCUGCUAAAGAUCCUCAGUUCUUUGAGACACUUUUGGAGGUGACCGCAGAUAUCAUGAACGCCGUUGACAUCCAUGAGCAGCUGUUCUUUUACUCACUUAUCCUGCUGGUUGAUCAGCUCGAUAAUCCUCAUAUGAUAGUGAGAAUGGAUGCGUCAAGGUUGAUAAAGAGCUCAUGCCACUUCCAUCUUAAAGGAGGGUUCGACGUGCUCCUUUCCAAGGUUAAUCAUAUCAAGCAUGAGCUUUAUUCUUAUCUUUGUGCACGAGUGGUGAACCGCCCAGCAAUGGUUCGGGAAUUUGCAGAGGCUGUUGUUGGUGUACAAAUGGAGGACUUCAUCAAACAGAUGGUUCCAAUUGUUCUUCCGAAGCUUGUGAUCUCUCAGCAGGACAACGAUCAAGCGUUUGUCACAUUACAAGAGUUGGCUGGGCAUCUGAACACUGAGAUGGUGCCGCUAAUAGUUAAUUUGCUACCCAAAGUUCUUGCGUUUGCUCUUCUUCAAGGUGACGGGCAACAGCUACUAUCUGCUUUGCAGUUUUAUCACGUACAGACCGGAUCUAGCAACCAGGAAAUUUUUGGAGCUGCAUUACCAGCACUGCUCGAUGAACUUGUGUGCUUCCUUGGCGAUGGAGACCCAAAUGAGGCCACUGAUAGGCUAACGAGGGUCCCUGAAAUGAUACAAGAAGUUGCAAGAGUCUUGACCGGCUCUGAUGAUCUCAGUGGGUUUCUAAGGCAUCAUUUUGUCGGUCUUCUUAACAGUAUAGACCGGAAAAUGCUUCACGCUGAGGAUAUAUCCUUGCAGAAACAAGCCCUGAAACGUAUAGAAUUGCUAAUUGAGUUGAUGGGUUCUCACCUUUCGACCUAUGUGCCUAAAAUCAUGGUGCUUCUUAUGCAUGCUGUUGGUAAAGAAACCCUCCAAAGUGAGGGUCUCUCUGUCUUACAUUUUUUCAUCAAACAACUGGUGAAAGUCUCCCCAUCAAGUACUAAGUAUGUGAUUUCACAGGCCUUUGCUGCUCUUAUCCCAUUUUUGGAGCGGUGUAAAGAAAAUACUUCUUUUCAUCUGAGUAAAGUUGUUGAGAUCUUGGAAGAACUCGUGGUUGAAAACAAGGUUCUUUUAAAACAGCAUAUUCGAGAGCUCCCUUUGCUGCCAAGUAUUCCUGAAUUAGCUGAAGUGAAAAAAGUUAUACAAGAAGCACGGGGAUCAAUGACUUUCAAGGAUCAACUACGAGAUGCAGUUGAUGGUCUAAACCAUGAGAGCUUGAAUGUGAGGUAUAUGGUUGCGUGUGAGUUGGGAAAAUUACUGAACUUACAACGAGAGGAUGUUACAGCUCUGAUCUCUGGAGAAGCUGGCUCGGAUUUGGAUGUGUUGAGCUCCUUGAUUACGUCCUUACUUAGAGGAUGCACAGAAGAGUCCAGGACUACCAUAGGACAGCGCCUGAAAUUAGUUUGUGCUGAUUGUCUUGGAGCACUUGGAGCCGUGGAUCCUGCCACAGUGAAGGGAAUCUCUUGUGAACGUUUCAAAAUUGAAUGCUCAGAUGAUGACCUUAUCUUUGAAUUGAUCCACAAGCAUCUAGCAAGAGCUUUUAGAGCUGCUCCUGAUACCAUUGUCCAAGACUCUGCUGCCUUGGCAAUACAAGAGCUGCUGAAAAUUGCAGGUUGCCAAGCAUCACUUGAUGAUAAUAUUGGAGCUCAGACAAUACAGUCAGAGAAGGGUAAAGAAGUGUUGAAUGUUUCUUUGUCGGGGAGUGGGAAUAUGGAUGAUCGCAGUGAGAUGAACAAGAGGGGCAAGAGAUUAUGGGGCCGUUUCUCUAACUAUGUUAAAGAAAUAAUUGCCCCAUGCUUGACCUCAAGAUUUCAACUUCCAAAUGUGGCUGAUUCUACGUCUUUAGGCCCUAUUUACCGAUCUUCAAUGUCAUUCCGCAGGUGGAUAUUUUUUUGGAUCAGGAAGCUGACAGUACAUGCAACUGGUUCAAGAGCAAGUAUUUUCAAUGCUUGUCGGGGUAUAGUACGUCAUGACACACAAACAGCUAUGUAUUUGCUACCAUAUUUAGUCUUGCAUGCUGUCUGCUACUCUACUGCUGAGGCUCGACUUGGCAUAACAGAAGAGAUACUUUCUGUCCUCAAUGUGGCCGCAUCAGAGAACAGUGAGGCCGCUGUUAAUGGAGUCAUGGGAGGGCAAAGUGAAGUCUGUAUUCAGGCAGUCUUUACCCUUCUUGAUAAUCUCGGGCAGUGGGUGGAUGAUGUAAAACAAGAAGUUGCUCUUUCCCAAUCUCUACACUGCUCAAAGCAGCAAUCGUCUAAGUCAACUGGGCGAAAUAAAGAUCCUCCUUCAAAAGGUCCUAAUCAGCUCCUAAUUCAGUGUAAUAAUGUUUCUGAGCUGUUGGCUGUUAUUCCAAAGGUUACCCUAGCCAAGGCUUCUAUCCGAUGCAAGGCUUAUGCACGAGCUCUUCUGUACUUCGAAUCUCAUGUCCUGGAAAAAUCAGGAUCCUUCAACCCAGCAGCUGAGAGAAGUGGUAUCUUUGAGGAUGAGGAUGUUACUACUCUGAUGGAGAUAUACAGUGGCUUGGAUGAGCCUGAUGGUCUCUCUGGGUUGGCGCAUUUAAGGAAAUCAUCAAGCUUGCAGGACCAACUCCUUAUAAACAAGAAGGCAGGAAACUGGGCAGAUGUCUUAACUUCUUGUGAGCAGGCUCUUCAGCUGGAGCCCAGUUCCAUCCAGAGGCAUUCCGAUGUUCUCAACUGCUUACUAAACAUGUGUCACCUUCAGGCCAUGGUAACUCAUGUAGAUGGUUUAAUCUCUAGGGUUCCCAAGUAUAAGAAGACUUGGUGCAUGCAAGGUGUGCAAGCAGCUUGGAGGCUUGGCCGGUGGGACCUUAUGGAUGAGUACAUCUCUGGGGCUGAUGAGGAAGGUCUACUCUGUAGCAGUUCCGAGAGCAAUGCUUGCUUUGACAUGGAUGUUGCCAAGAUCCUGCAAGCAAUGAUGAAGAAGGACCAGUUCUCAGUUGCAGAGCGGAUUGCUCAUUCUAAACAAGCUUUGCUUGCUCCUCUUGCUGCUGCUGGAAUGGAUUCUUACGCUCGAGCUUACCCCUUUGUGGUAAAGCUGCACUUGCUACGGGAACUGGAAGACUUCCAUAGUCUUCUUGUCAAUGAUUCUUUCUUGGAGAGAUCUUUCCAUCUGGAUGAUCCAAGAUUCAAGAAAGUAAUACAAGAUUGGGAAAAUCGAAUGCGGUUCACACAGCCAUCUCUAUGGACAAGGGAGCCGCUCCUGGCAUUCCGGAGGCUGGUUUUCGGUGCCAGUGAUCUUCAUGCUUGUGUUGGAAAUUGUUGGCUUCAAUAUGCAAAACUCUGCCGUUCUGCUGGUCACAAUGAGACAGCCAACAGAGCAAUUCUAGAAGCCCAGACGUCUGGGGCAGCCAAUGUUCACAUCGAAAAGGCUAAACUUUUGUGGAAUUCCAGAAGGUCAGAUGGUGCCAUCGCAGAAUUGCAACAGGCUCUUCUCAAUUUUCCUGUGGAUGUCAUAGGAUCUGCGGUGGUCGCAUCACUUACUACUCUACCACUUGUCCCACUGAACCCCCCUUCCAUCGCUGUCACUCAAGCUUCAAAUGAAAAUAGAGAUGUUGCUAAAACCCUCCUUCUAUAUUCUAGAUGGAUUCACUACACUGGCCAAAAGCAGAAGGAAGAUGUGAUAGGUCUGUAUGCUAAGGUGAGAGAACUGCAGCCCAGAUGGGAGAAAGGAUUCUUCUAUAUAGCUAAAUAUUGCGAUGAAUUGCUUGUUGAUGCUAGAAAACGGCAGGAAGAAAACCUUGAACCAAGGUCCAGGGUUAAUUUAAAUGCCGAGGAAACUCCCUGGUUAUCUUACCUUCCGGAUGUCCUACUUUUCUAUGCAAAGGGGCUUCAUAGGGGCCAUAAAAACUUAUAUCAAGCACUUCCAAGGUUGCUAACCUUGUGGUUUGACUUCGGUAGCAAGUAUUACAGAGAAGGCUUAUCAUCCAAUAAAGAAAUUAAAUCGGUCCAUCAAAGGGUCAUGUGUAUCAUACGAGGUUGCCAUAAGGAUUUACCAAGAUACCAGUGGUUAGCAAUGCUACCUCAGUUGGUGUCUCGAAUUUGUCACCAGAAUGAAGACACUGUUCGGCUUGUCAGAUAUAUCAUCACCUCCGUUCUGCAAGAUUACCCACAACAAGGUCUAUGGACUAUGGCAGCAGUUUCAAAGUCCCAUGUUCCUGCAAGGCGUGAGGCUGCUGCUGGUAUCAUACAAGAAGCACGCAAAGUUUCCAGGCAAGGAAGUGAUGGCAGUAGUUUGUUUGUGCAGUUUGCUAGCUUGAUAGAUCAUCUGAUUAGGUUGUGCUUCCAUCCGGGCCAGCCAAAAGCGAAAACAAUCAACAUCUCAACUGAGUUUAGUGCUCUGAAACGGAUGAUGCCAGUGGGAAUCAUAAUGCCAAUCCAACAAGCUCUUACUGUCAAACUACCAAUGUAUGAGAGUGAAACGAACACUGACUAUCAUAACAUUGAUAUUUUCUCAGCUUCGGACCUUACGACUAUAUCAGGAAUAGGAGAUGAAGCUGAAAUCCUAUCAUCUCUUCAGAAACCCAAGAAGGUAAUUUUUAUUGGGAGUGAUGGUGUUGAACGCCCAUUUCUCUGCAAGCCGAAAGAUGAUCUAAGGAAGGAUGCACGCAUGAUGGAGUUUGUGUCGAUGAUCAACCGUCUUUUGGCAAAAUAUCCAGAAAGCCGUCGGAGGAAGCUUUACAUCCGCACCUUCGCUGUGAUCCCGUUGACAGAGGACUGCGGUAUGGUAGAGUGGGUUCCCCAUACCCGGGGUUUACGACAUAUACUGCAGGAUAUCUAUACUGCCCAUGGGAAAUUCGAUAGGCAGAAAACUAAUCCGUUGAUUAAGCGGAUAUAUGACCAGUGUCAGGGCAAAGUUUCAGAGGAGGAGAUGUUGAAGACCAAAAUUUUACCAUUGUUCCCACCAAUUUUCCACAAAUGGUUCUUGACAACAUUUUCGGAGCCAGCUGCUUGGUUUCGAGCUCGAGUUGCUUAUGCUCACACUACUGCUGUUUGGUCUAUGGUUGGGCACAUUGUGGGCCUUGGCGACAGGCAUGGGGAGAAUAUCCUUUUUGAUUCCACAACUGGCGAUUGUGUUCACGUCGAUUUUAGUUGUUUGUUUGAUAAGGGUCUGCAGUUGGAGAAACCUGAGCUAGUGCCUUUCAGAUUAACUCAGAACAUGAUCGAUGGGUUGGGCAUAACUGGAUACGAGGGGAGUUUCUUGAGGGUCUGCGAAAUAACACUGUCAGUGCUUAGGACACACAGAGAGACUCUAAUGAGUGUUCUUGAAACUUUCAUUCAUGAUCCUCUUGUAGAGUGGACGAAAUCUCACAAGUCCAGUGGAGUGGAAGUUCAGAAUCCCCAUGCUCAGAGGGCCAUCGGCAACAUAGAAGCACGGCUUCAAGGCAUUGUGGUUGGUGUUGGUGCAGCUCCGUCUUUACCUCUGGCUGUAGAAGGUCAAGCUCGUCGUCUGAUUGCCGAAGCUAUGUCGCACAAAAACCUUGGAAAGAUGUAUUUAUGGUGGAUGCCUUGGUUCUGAAGAGUUCUUUGUUUUGAAGAGUUCUUUGUUACUUCCGUAUGACCAGUUGAGGUUAUUAUGUUAUAAAAAAUCUUCACAACCACAUUGUUUUGCAUCUUUCGGUUGUCUUUCCUUGUUAUCAAUUAUCAAGAGGCUCAAUGUAGAAGGCCCAAAUGUAUAUAUAGAUUAAGCGCUGGGAACAAGCUUGAUGAUUUAGACUAUGUACAUGUGAUAUCUGGUGCAGUUCUGAUGAACAUUAGAGGAAAGAGUCUUCUGAAAUAGUUCCAUUGGAGGGUAAAUUAGAUGGAAGAAGGAUUAUGUUCUUCAUAAUUUUGUAACGCCAAGGCUCAGCAUGAAGAAAACCCUUAUUCCUUGUAAAGUUGUAAUUAGUGUUUAUGUACAUAAACAUAUUUCUGUAUCUAUGUCAAAUUCGGAUUUCAGAUUAAUGGAAUGGUCCUUGCAUUAAGCACU